AUGGCAGCCGGUUCCAGGAAAAAGGUCGUGAUUGUCGGCCUGGGUAUGGUCGGCAUUGCCUUCAUAGAAAAGCUGCUCAAACUCGACGUUCGUACCCGCGAAUACGACAUAGUUGUUAUUGGCGAGGAACCACAUCUCGCCUAUAACCGCGUCGGCUUGACCUCCUUCUUCGAGCAUCGCAAGGUCGACCAGCUAUAUUUGAACCCAUUGUCCUGGUACGAGGGCAACGUUGGCACAGAUAAUGCGUUGGGAUGGCAUCUCAACAAGGCAGUCACGGAUAUCAACAAGGAUCGCAAGACCGUCACAUGUGCAGAUGGCUCCGAAGUUGCCUACGACGUCCUGGUAUUAGCAACUGGCUCAAAUGCACUCCUGCCUCGGCAUACGCCCGGUCACGAUGCGAAGGGCGUGUUUGUUUACCGAAAUAUCGAUGACCUCGAAAGGCUCAUCGCCUUCUCCUCCACAAAACAAGGAACAUACGGCGCUGUCGUGGGGGGUGGACUACUCGGUCUCGAGGCCGCCAAGGCAAUGAUGGACCUCAACACCCUGAAACAGGUCAAGGUCAUUGAGCGCAAUCGCUGGGUCUUGUCCCGCCAACUCGAUGGUGAGGCUGGCUCUAUGGUAGUCGAGCAGGUCCGCAACCUUGGCGUGGACGUCAUGUUGAGCAAGCGCGUGGGCAAGAUCGAGGUCGACGACGACAACUCCGUCACAGGAGUGCAUUUCGAGGACGGCGAGUACAUGCCAUGCAGCACCGUCUGCUUCGCCAUCGGGGUGCGGCCACGGGACGAGUUAGCUCGAAAAGCAGGAAUCAAAUGCGCGGACCGCGGCGGCGGCAUCGUCGUGGACGACAUGCUGAGGACCAGUGAGGAGGACAUUUACGCGAUAGGAGAGUGCGCUUCCUGGCAGGGCCAAACUUUUGGGCUAAUUGCACCGGGCGUGGAGAUGGCCGAUGUGCUGAGUUUCAAUCUAACGCAGGCAAAACAACACACACCGAGGGCGUACAAGAGGCCAGACCUGAGUACGAAACUAAAGCUAUUGGGCGUGGAAGUCGCCAGCUUUGGCGACUUUUUCGCGGACAGAGACGGCCCCAAGUAUUUGCCGGCUAAAGUAGCCGCAAAAAACAGGAAGAAACAGCAGACCAACGGCGAGACGAACGGGAAGACGAAAGAUGUCAAGCUCCUCACAGAUGGCCUUCCGCCACCAGAAGUCAAAGCUCUAACGUACAAGGAUCCCUUCCAGAAUGUGUACAAGAAAUACAUCUUUACCAUGGACGGGAAAUAUCUUCUUGGAGGCAUGAUGAUUGGCGACACCAAAGACUACAUCAAGCUUCUGCCGAUGGUUAAGAACCAGAAAGAGCUCGACAUUGCACCUUCAGAACUCAUUCUGGGGGCAAAGCAGGGCGACGACGAUGGCGCAGAUGACCUAGACGACGACACGCAGAUCUGCUCAUGUCACAACGUCACAAAAGGAGACGUGGUCAACUCGACAAAAGACGGGACGUGCAAGUCGAUCGGGGACGUCAAGUCCUGCACCAAGGCCGGCACCGGCUGCGGGGGCUGCAUGCCGCUGGUGCAGUCCAUUUUCAACAAGACGAUGGUGAGCAUGGGCAACGAGGUCAAGAACAACGUGUGCCCGCACUUCAACUACAGCCGCGCCGACCUGUACAACAUCGUCAUGGUGAAGCGUCUCAAGACAUUCCCGCAGGUCAUGAAGGAUGCUGGCAUCGACGCCGACAGCGUGGGCUGCGAGGUGUGCAAGCCCACGGUGGCGAGCAUCUUCGCCAGCCUGUGGAACAAGCACGUCAUGGACAAGCCUCACCACGGCCUGCAGGAGACCAACGAUCGGUUCUUGGGCAAUAUCCAGCGCAACGGCACGUUCAGUGUUGUGCCUCGCGUCUCGGCCGGAGAGAUUACGCCAGACAAGAUGAUAGUCAUGGGCGAGGUUGCAAAGAAGUACGGUCUGUACACGAAGAUCACGGGUGGCCAGCGUAUAGAUAUGUUUGGUGCGAAGAAGCAAGAUCUACUCGACAUCUGGAAGACUCUUGUUGAUGCCGGCAUGGAGAGUGGACACGCUUACGCCAAGUCCCUGCGAACGGUCAAGAGCUGUGUUGGCACAACGUGGUGCCGAUAUGGUAUUGGCGACAGUGUAGGCAUGGCAGUGCGGCUUGAGGAGCGAUACAAGAGUAUCAGGGCACCGCAUAAGAUCAAGGGUGGAGUCAGUGGUUGCGUGCGUGAAUGUGCGGAGGCGCAAAAUAAGGACUUCGGGCUCAUUGCCACGGAGAAAGGCUUCAAUCUCUUUGUUGGAGGCAAUGGUGGUGCAAAGCCAAGGCAUUCCGAACUCCUCGCUAAGGAUGUCCCUCCAUCAGAAGUCAUCCCCAUAAUAGACCGGUACCUCAUGUUCUACAUCCGUACAGCAGACAGACUACAGCGCACAGCCAGGUGGCUCGAGGCUCUUCCCGGCGGGAUCAAGUAUCUCCGCGAGGUUGUCCUCGAGGAUAAGCUAGGUAUCAACGAGUCUCUCGAAGCACAAAUGGCCGAGCUGGUGGACUCAUUCUUCGACGAGUGGGCCGAGGCCAUCAACAACCCCGCGAUAGCCGCCAAAUUCAAACAGUUCAACAACACAGAAGAGAGUAUCGAGAACAUGGAGAUCGAACGGGACAGGGACCAGCCGCGCCCUGUCUUUUGGGCCAAGGAACCCGCCAGGGACGACUUCAAGAGCCUUAAGGACAAGUGGACGUCGACGACGUGGCAGCCCGUCAUCGGCGCGGCGCACUUCGAUGGCGCCGACAGCCUGCCCAACGGCAUCUCGGCCAACAUCAAGCGCGGCGACACGCAGCUGGCCGUGUGGCGCAUCCGCGGUAGGUACUACGCGACGCAGCAGAUGUGCCCACACAAGCGCGCCUUCGUGCUGUCGGACGGGCUCGUCGGCGACGAGAAGUCCGCGCAGGACGGCGGCGGCGGCGGCGGCGCCGCACCCUGGGUCUCGUGCCCAAACCACAAGCGCAACUUCGACCUCGCCGGCGGCGGCUGCAAGAACGACAGCGAGCUGUCCAUUGCGACUUUCGAGGUCGAAGAGCGGGACGAUGGGCUCGUCUACCUGAAGCUGCCGCCUGUGGAGGAGCUCGACGCCGCGCUUGGGACGGCCAAGUGGAGGGUCAAGAAGGGAGAAGGUGAGGGUCAGUUUGCGGAGCUGGAUAAGAAGAUUCAGUUUGUGGGCACGAGGGCCAAGAAGCCCGGUGUCAAACCCCAUGUUGAGCUGCCUAUGAAGAGGCCUGUCGAGCUUAUGUCUGGUGGGUGUGGAGGUGCUGGGAUGGACUGGUAA